AUGUCUUCAUCCACGCCCGCUCGCGCGCUGCUGCGAACACGCACCCGGCGCGGGCUCUCGACCGUCCACAGGCGUCCGCCCGACCCGGUCCCCUCGGCGCUCGCUGCGCUCCUCGAGAAACACUCCCAGCGCCCGCCCACGCCGCUCACCCUCGCGACCCUGCUCUCGCUCGGCCGCCCCCCGACGCCCCGCUCCGUCCUCAAGUCUGUUUCCUAUGCCCAGGCAGAGAUCCCGCGCCGCAUGGCCCAGCGCGUCAUGUCCCUCCAGGCUCUGCCCUUUAUCGUCGGCACGAACCCGUUUGUGGCACGCGUCCUCGAGGGCCACCGCACAAGCUUCCUCUGGCUCGCCUCCCAGCCCGCCGUAACCUCCCUCGAGGAAAACGCACAGUUUACCUCCCAGCUCGAAUCCUUCGUCCAGAGCCACGCAAACGACAUCCCCACGCUCGCCAAGGGCUUCCAAGAAUGCACGCGUUACAUGUCCCCGACCCAGAUCAGCAACUUUCUAGACGGUGCCAUCCGCAACCGUAUAGCCGUCCGCCUCAUUGCUGAGCAGCAUAUCGCUAUCUCGCGCGCCCUGAGCGCUCCCGAGCAAACUUCGGACCGCAUAGGCGUGGUUGAUCUUGCCCUCUCUCCCGCGCGAAUGAUCAAAAUGUGCGGGUCGUGGGUCGCAGAGCUGUGUGAAGCCACUCUAGGUGCAAGUCCUGAGCUUGUUCUGGACGGGCACGUUGAUGCCACCUUUGUCUACGUUCCCGUCCACUUGGAAUACAUCGCCACGGAAAUACUGAAAAACUCCUUCCGAGCCACCGUAGAGCAUCACUACAAGCAGCACGGCACGUCCUCCCGCACCCCCCUGCCCGCCGUCCGCGUGACCAUCUGUCCCUCCCCGAAAGUCGACGGCCGAUCUCACAUUGGCAUCAGGAUCCGCGACCAGGGCGGCGGCGUCUCCCCUGCCAACAUGGCCCGCAUAUUCUCUUACGCGUUUACGACUGCCGACCGGAGCACCGGGCGCGAGGAGAUCGGCGGAGGCCCGUAUGCCGCGCAGCAGAUGACGGGCAAGGGCUUGCAAGUCGGGAUGGGGACGAUUGCUGGCUUGGGGUACGGCCUUCCGAUGAGCAGGCUGUAUGCAAAGUAUUUUGGCGGCUCGUUGGAUCUCUUCUCCCUUGACGGAUGGGGAAGCGACGUCUUUGUGCAGCUCAAAUGUCUCGAUGAAGCGGGCGAUGUGGAGAUCUGA